AUGGUGGAGAGACUCCAUAAGGAGAAGGAAAAGAAGAAGAAGAAGACUCAUUCCCAAGCCUCAGGGUCUAGGCGUAGAAUUCCUUCACCUGUUGAUGAAGAUCACUACGAUGAAGACGAUGAAGAGAAGCGACGGGGAACUCCGCGUCGAGACGAAGGUCAGCAUCGAUGUUGCUCCGCUGACCCGCCGCCGCCUCCUCGGCUCUCCCGCGCCCAGAUCAAGUCCUGCUCCGAAGCCCUAGCGGUCUUCAAGCAGAAGCUCCGCUCGCGGGCAACGAUCGUGCAGGAGUUCGAUCGCCUUCAGGAUAUGAGAUUGACAAAAGAUGAGAUGAUACGGAGAUGCAGAGUGGCUCUUCAAGAUGUCAGCUUGGAUAAAAAUCGCUAUACCGAUGUCCUUCCAUUUGACAAUACGAGGGUUGCUCUCAAUUCAAGUAAGGGCAACAAGAAUAUGCGAAAUGAAUAUAUCAAUGCAAGCUUUAUUACAACUGCUUCCAGUGGAAAUGUUUCUCGGUUUAUUGCUACCCAAGGCCCACUUCCAGAGACCUUUGAGGAUUUCUGGAUGAUGGUAAUUGAGUAUCAUUGUCCUGUUAUCGUGAUGCUUACUGUGGUGGACAAGCCCAAGAUGAUGAAGAAAUGUGCCGAUUAUUUUCAAGGAGAAAAUGGGUAUAGGGAAUUUGGAAAUAUAAGCGUCUCUACCAAGUGCACAAAAAUUAGUGGCUCUUCAUUAGUGCAGCGUUUCUUGGAGGUCAAGAACAAAGAGUCAGGGGACCCUCCUUUACCUGUUCUGCAUAUUCAGUACCCUGAAUGGCCUGAUCAUGGAGUUCCUGAAGACACUAUAGCUGUCAGGGAAAUUCUGAAAAAGUUGUAUCACGUUCCACCUGAUCUUGGCCCUAUAGUAGUUCACUGCAGUGCAGGCAUUGGAAGAACCGGCACAUAUUGUGCAAUCCAUAAUACAGUACAGAGGAUACUUGCUGGUGACAUGUCGUCUUUAGAUCUUCCUAAAACAAUAGCUGAUUUUAGAUCUCAAAGAAUGGGAAUGGUUCAGACAGUGGAGCAAUUCAUCUUUUGUUAUGCUGCAAUUGUGGAUGAACUGGAAGACCUCAUCUCAAAGUACAAAUACUAAGAUGAGCUAUAACAGAGCAGAAGCUGUGAAGCCUGGAAGUUGGUCGCUCAUAGGCAGAUGCUUGUUCGAUAUUGUAGAUUUCAGAAUUUAACUAUGCAUUUCAAUAAUCCAGGGGUCACGCAAGAAGCUUAGCCUCCUUUUGAUAUCAGAGGAAUUUGUUUCACUAAUUUUUCCCCAUUCUUAAGUCCGUUUAUGUUGAAAAGUUAAAAAUUGACGGCCCAGCAUAUUGAUUUUUUGACUAGCGUACCAUUUUAUCCAUCAUGUAUUUUUCUGAUGCAAUGGGAUGUAAAGUAUUAUUUAGGCAUAAAGGAUUGUUGUUGCCAACAGUACUUUUUAUCCCACAAUUUGUUGUAUUCUCAGACGUUGUAAUCUCUUUAUGAUGUUUGAGAUUAUUGUUUUCUUUU